UCCCGCCCCCCCUCCGGUCCCUGCCUCGGGGCUCGCUGCCUCCCAGCUCCCGGCCGGUCCCGGCGCCAGCAUGUCCCGCUCCGACGAGGUCAACCGGCUCACGGAGAGUGUCUAUAGGGUGAUUCUGGACCAGUUCAAUCCCGGCCUGAGGAGUUUUGUCACGAUGGGGAAGUGUUACCAACGAGCGCUCUCAGGGGUGACCGUAGCGGCCAAGGGUUAUUUCGACGCCCUGGUGAAGCUGGGGGAAUUGGCCAGCGACAGCCAAGGGUCCAAGGAGCUGGGGGACACCCUGUUCCAGAUGGCUGAGGUGCAUCGCCAGAUCCAGGUGCAGCUGGAGGAAACGCUGAAGCUUUUCCACUCGGAGCUGCUGGCCCAGCUGGAGCAGAAACUGGAGCUGGAUGUCAAGUACCUGCUGGCCACCCUGAAGAAGUACCAGAGUGAGCACCGGGCCAAGGCAGAGGCCAUUGAGAAGUGCCAGGCCGAGCUAAAGAAACUGCGCAAGAAAUGCCAGAGCAGCAAGAACCCCCAGAAAUACGGGGACCGCGAGGUGCAGUACGUAGAGGUGAUGAGUGCCAAGCAGAGCGAGCUGGACCGCUUUGUGGCGGAGGGAUACAAGGCUGCUCUGACCGAGGAGCGCCGCCGGUACUCGUUCCUGGUGGAUCGCCAGUGCGCUGUGUCCAAGCACUUCAGUGCCUACCAUGCCAAGGUGAAGGAGCUGCUGGGGACCAAGCUGCCCGGCUGGCAGCAGUCCUGCGUCCAGCCCACCCGCCUGCCCGACCGCGCGCUGGCCCUGGUGAAGCAGACGGCCAACAGCCCUGCCGCGCCCGCCAUCUCCGACCCGCUGCCCGCCCCCCAGCCCCUGGAGGUGCCCCCCGAGCUGGCCCCCCUGCUGGGGGGCGGGGGGCUGGCCCUCAACCACCGCGUCUCACUGCAGGAAGCGACUCCGCUCCCCAACGGCGACUCUCACCGCACCCGGGGCUCCCGUGACCUGGGGCACCCGCCUGCCAGCGAGCCCCUCACCGUCCCGCUAGGCCUGCCGGCCCCGCAGCCUGCACCAGCCACGCAGACCCCGCCGCCCCCCAGGGCCAGCGACGGCUACUCCUGUACCCUGCCCAUCCCCCGCAAAGCCUCCGCGGAGACCCGCCUCGCCACGCUCACAGAGAACAGGACCCUGCCGCGGGUCGGGGCGCUGGCCGAGCGGCGCCGGGUGCAGGCCGUGUUCUCCCACGCAGCCGGCGAGAGCAGCACCCUGCUCAACUUCCAGGAGGGCGACGUCAUUGCGCUGCUGGUGGCCGAGGCCCGGGACGGCUGGCACUACGGGGAGAACGAGGCCACGCGCAUGAAAGGCUGGUUUCCCUUCUCGUACACCCGGCCUGUCCCCCCUGCCGAGACCCCCGAGAAACCCUACGGCAGUUUUCCCCUGAGCAAACUGAACAGCAGCAGCACGGGGACCCUGGACAAAGCGGGGUGUGUGGCCCCCAGCCCGGACGGGGGCCACGGGGGGGCCAUCUUGCGCUACGCCCCCUCCCCCCGCCCCAGCACCUUCCGCCAGCGCCCCUAUAGCAUGAUGAACCCCGACCUGUCCCAGUUAGCGAACGAAUUUGGGAGCCCCCCGAACUCCUCCCCGUCCAGGUCUAACCCCUUCGCUCACGUCAGGCUGAAGCGGACGGUGACCAACGACCGCUCGGCCCCGCUGAUCCAGUGAGGCCCCGAUGGCGCCCGCCGAUCGCCCCCCGGGGGAGAGAUGCCAGGAGCCCCCCGCUCGGGAAAGACUGGGGAGCUGGCAGCGGCCUUCCCCCCAUGCAGCCCGCGGCUCCCUCUAGUGGCGGCUUUGCAGAAGAGCAUCCCAACUGCGGGGCUUGGGCUGUAUCACGCAGCGGGAGGGGUCGGGGUUCGAAUCCCACCGGCAAUGUCUGGAGCUGGGGGGGGAGCAGGAAUGGAGGUGGGCCCCGGGGAGCCAGAGUGUGGGGGGAUGGGGGAAGGGAGGGGGAGAGGCUGCCCCCCCCGAGAUAGAAAUGCCUCCUGAGGGCUCUGCCCACCCUAGAGCGACCCCUUUUCUGGGUUACGUGUGUAUCUGUCCGUCCCCCCUUGCACCCCUCUGUCAUCCCCCUACACUCAUCCAUCCCCUCUGCACUCCUCUGUCUGCCCCCCAUGCCCUCCUCUAUCCAUCUGUCCUCCUGGGCACACACCUGUCCCCUGCCCACCCCUCUAUCCAUCGGUCCCAGCUCCCCCCGGGGGGCUGCUGCACCCAAGUUUUUUACCAGUCCCUCGGCAGAGCCCAUCAGUGCCAGGCCCUGCAUCCUUCCCCACUGGGCUCCAGCCCCCCUGCUUCCCCCCGGGAGCUCUGCCCAGCUGGCCAGCCAAAACCAGCCGCCUGGGGGAGCCCCUCACCCCCUGCAGGGCCCCCCGGCAGCGCUGCCCGGAUGUGGGGAGCCCCGUGGUUCGCCACCCACCGCCGCCUCGGCCCAUUGUCCCUGCUGGGUUCCCGGCUGGAGCGUCCCCUCCUUAGGGGGGUUCAUUGCCCCGUGACAGGUGGCAGGUGGCUAACGGGAGGCCGAGGUUUUAAGCCCGGCUUCAGUGCCAGGCCAACGGGGUGAAACUCGAGGGCAGAGCAGAAGGCGCCCAGAGGUGGGUGAAGGCGGGUCGGUGGGGGAGGGAAAUCCUGUCUCGCCCACCGAUGUGUGGCAAAGCAGGCCGGGCCCAGAGGGAAGGGGGUGGUUAAAAGACACGGGACAAAGGGGAGUUUGUACCUACGCCAGGAGGGGAUUGAGAUUAGCCCCCGAGACCGAGAUGGCGGAGUCAGGAUUGUUCGCGGCAAACGUCAGGGAAAGGGAGGUGAGGAAACGGGGGGAGAAUCGGACAGAUGAUACCCUAGUGCCGCCCCAUGAAUACGGCGGGCGGUUCGGGUCGCCCCAGCUCCAAACAGAUCUGUUUGCGUCGGGAGAGGUGUGGAGAAGGUCAGAGAAACGAGGCGGGGGUGGAACAGCUUCCGGCUGAGGAGAGCAGAAAAGGCCGGGCACCGUUCGGAGAGGGAUGUGAGACGGCUGUGAAAUCGGGACGGGGAUGGAGACGGGGAAGUGCUAUUUACCCCCUCACGUGAGGUGAGAACCAGGGUUUAGCCGAUGAAAUGAACAAGCAGCAGGUUGAAAACAAAAGGACGGCAGCGCCGUCAACCUGGGGAACUCCCUGCCGGGGGAUGCCGGGAAGGGUGGAAGUCGAACGGGGUUCGAGAGUGGGUCCAGCGCCGGUGGUCACGGGGGCAACCCAGGCUCUGGGUGUCCCUAAACCUCUACCUGCCCAAAGCCGGAAGUGGACGGUGAGGUGCUCACGCAACAGUCGCCCUGUUCUGUUCAUUCUCCGCGACGCAACGGGCCCCGGCCACUGGCGGCAACAAGCCACUGGGCCGGCGACUGUUCUUCCCUGGUCCUCAGGGGCUGGUUGGUUGUGUGGUUCCUCCGUCAAUCGGGGUCGCUUCCAACUGCCCCUUUAACACCCCGUUCACCCCCCCACACACACACACGGUCCAUGGUCCCAUCCCCAUGGCACCAGCUCUGUCCCGAGAGCAGCUUUGUAACCCUUCGGCCCCCAAGGUGGAGCUGUGCAAAUCACAGAGGGAAACUGAGGCAAACAUGGGCCUCAAAAAUAUUACAGCAAAUUUCCACUUCCUCGUGCCAUCCAUCAAUACGAUUCUAGGUGUGUGUCCGUCCAUCCCCCCGCACCCUCUCUAUCCAUCCAUCCAUCUCCCCACACCACCUCCAUCCAUCCAUCCAUCCCUCAAGCCCUGUUUCUAUCCAUCUGUCCAUCCCCUGCCCCUCUGUCUAUCCAUGUCCCCUCCACACCCGCUCUAUCCAUCCAUCCAUCCAUCCCCCCACACGGCCUCUAUCUAUCCAUCCAUCCCCCAACCCCUGUAUCUAUCCAUCCAUCCCUCGCAGCACACCCCAAACAGCUGUCCGUCUGUCCCCCACCCAUGGCUCUGUCCAUUAUCUGUGUCCAACCGCCCCCCCCCGCCUUUUACUCUAUGACAAGCCCUCUCCUGCUGACACAAGUUGCCCCAGGACACCCUGAAAAGUGCCUUGUCUGUUCCCAGCCCCACAGCUGGGCUACCUGCGCGGGGCGCUGAGCCCUAUAACCCCUCUCCCCCCGCUAGACUAUGGCUGGAGGAUGCUGUAUUCAAACUGCAUCACAUAUAACCAUGGCUGCCCCCCCCCCUCCGAGGGGAGUGCAGUGCCCCCUGCUGGGCACAUGGGGGGAGGUAGCACCAGGCUGGGGGGGCGGGGGGCUCUGUUACAGCCUUGAUGUGACUGUGGGAAUUACACCUAGACUGAUACUAAACCUGUGUCCAGCUGUCUGUGAUGCCCCCUGUUGGAGGGGCCCAGCCCUGCGCUCUGUGUGUGUCCCUGGCACCACCUGUUGGAGGGGCCAGGCCCUGCGGUGUGUGUGAUCCUGGUGCCCCCUGCUGGAGGGGCCGGGCCCUGCGCUGUGUGUGCCCCUGGCGUCCCCUGCUGGAGGGGCCGGGCCCUGUGCUCU